UGAGGUUCCCAAACCCCUUCAUCUUUAGGGAGCCCAGAUUGGCCUUGUCAUGUGUUCUGGUGGAGGGUGGCCAUCCAGGGUGCUGAACUGGAGAAAGCCCUAAGAUCUUCCAAGUUCAGAUCCAAACUGUAAAAGUAGAGGAGGAGCUGUGAAUUUCCCAGCUCAAAGGAGCAUCACAGUGGUCCCUGGUGAUGGGUUACAGACUAGGAGAUGCCCUUCUUUUCUGCCAUAAUCUAAAUAUGGAAUCCUUCUUUUUCCCCCAGAUGGCCCAGAUAUUGCCACAAUUGACCGUAUAAGCGAUCAGUUCGCAACGGGGAUAAAUGUUACCUUGAGCUGUGUUUCUGAUUCUAACCCACCAGCACAAUUCAUCUGGUUACAGAAUGGACAAUCUGUCAGCAACUCAGCCUCAUUUUCUAUUAUUACAUCCCUGAAUCAUAUCGGAAACUAUACCUGUAUUGCAACUAACUCAUUUACUGGCUUGACGCGCACUGCAAACAAGACUCUUAUGAUCUAUGCACCACUGUCCAAACCUACCAUCAUCACCUCCAACAAUACUGCAGUGGAGACCAAGGACUUCUCAAUGACAUGCAAUGCUACGGGUCAAAUUCACGCUUACCGGUGGUUCAUAAAUGGACUUGCCCCAGCUGGUAGCAGGAUACAGCUGUCGCCGGAUAAGAGGACACUCACUAUCCGCAGUCUCAGAAGAACGGAAAACAAAGGGCCCUAUGUGUGUGAAAUCGAGAACCCAUUGUUUCGGAAUAGGAGUAAUCCAUUCACACUGAAUGUUACCUGUGAGUAUAUUGCUUCUUCCUAUAUGGUGCCAUCUUAUAGCCUGCUGGUGUGUUCCCAGAGGCCCAGGCUAAUUCAGUCCCUUCUCUGAGAGCUAAAGAGGUAGGCUCUGAGGUUCCUAACCCCCUUCAUCUUUAGGGAGCCCAAAUUGGCCUUGCCAU